UCGCACUCUUGCAUUGUUUAGAACUCUCAUCCUCAAACAACGCGCUUUCUCUCUCUAACAAUGUCUACCUCAUCGGAACACUCUGAGAUUUCCGGCCAGAAACCGGCGAGGUCACCGGAAAAGUCAACUUUCUCUCAAACUUGCAGUUUAUUGAGUCAAUAUAUUAAGGAAAAGGGUAGCUUCAAAGAUCUUUCUCUUGGGAUGACAUGCAACACCGACCCAAUUGGGUCUCCUGAGACAUCUUCUCAUUCUGCAACAACCAUGAACUUCUUUCCUAACAAGGAAAACAACUUGACACCAAAGAACCUUACAACCAUGGAUUUGCUCACUCCACAAGCUGCCUUGAACAAUUCCAAUGCUAUUAAGGGACCUAAAGCUGCACAGUUGACGAUGUUUUAUGGCGGUCAAGUAAUUGUAUUUGAUGAUUUUCCAGCUGAUAGAGCACAUGAGCUUAUGUCUUUUGCAAGCAAAGGAAUCUCUCAAAGCCACAACAAUUCUGUUUUCACUUACACACAGAGCCAGCCUUCGUUUCCGAUUAAUUUGGUCAGAACUUCCGCUGAUUCAACCACUCCAAUUGUUCCUAGUGUGAACAUUGUCGCUAAUACUGGCGCUGGCUCCGUUCUUGAACACCCUCAAGUUCCCUCUAGACCUAUCGUUUGUGAUCUGCCGAUUGCGAGGAAAGCUUCGCUUCAUCGGUUCCUGGAGAAGAGAAAGGAUAGAAUUGCAGCAAAAGCACCAUAUCAAAGGACAAAUACCAUGGAGCAUGUUAACAAGGCAACUGAGUCCAUGUCAUGGCUUGGAUUAGGUGCCAAACCAACUCAAAUAUGAUCACAGCUAUAGAAUUUUAAUGUAAUUUUGAGCAUUUUUUAUUUUAAAAUCAAAAUGCUAUAUAGUCAGAUCUGUUUUUGCCAGAACUUUUUUUGACAAAGUUUCUGGUUAUUUUUUAACUGACUUGAAAGCAGCAUUAUUAUUAUUAUUACUAUUAUUAUUCUUGUUUAAUACUCAUGGUUAAGAUAUAUGUUAUGGGCUUAUUUUUGGCCCUUUAUUUGUCAUUGUAACUUUGGCUUUGCUGGGCCUUAUUAUAGAUUUCUAACUAUUUUUGUCUAGUUA